CAAACGCUACGACGUCAUCCCGUCGCUUCCGGGCUGGGAACGCAACCCUGGCUGAUGCUGAAAUGUACCAUUUUACACGGGUGUUAUUACAUACUUGAAAUAGUGACCUGAAGACAAAAGACACAAGGCUUUUGUACGCUCUCGACAUAAUGUCGGAAUUUCGCACUGAAGGAUUCAGAACGGUACCUGAAUAAAUCCGGCCAGAAGCUGUGUGACGCUAGCGGACGAGGUCGGGGCGAGGUUGACUCGCUCGCUGAAAUCAAGCCCAGCCACUAAAGAUUCAGCCACUUCGGCAAGACGUGGUUUUUUUCAAGAUGAAGCUGAAAGAGGACAUCAACCCCCUGCUCCUGCAGGUCUUCCGCUCUGUGGUCUGGGUCUACUCUAUGAUCACCUUCAUACCCUGGUACUUCCUGUCCGGAUCCAACUUGGAACGGGCCCGCCGCAUCAAAGCGCGCUCAAUUAGCGGACACCCGGCCGGCCCGUACAGGGCCAUCGAGAGCCAGCGGGAGCUGGCGGCGUGGUUUCACCCUGGGGUGGACACGCUCGAUAAAGUGUUUGAAUAUGCAGCCCAAAGGUUUCCCCAGCGGGACUGUUUGGGCACCAGAGAAGUGCUAAGUGAGGAGGAUGAGCUGCAACCUAACGGGAAGGUCUUUAAAAAGGUCAUACUCGGGAACUACAACUGGCUGUCGUACGCCGAGACCUACCGGGCAGCCGAGAUGUUCGGAAGCGGUCUGGCGGCACUGGGCCAAAAACCUCAGUGCAACAUCGCCAUCUUUUGCGAGACCAGAGCCGAAUGGAUCGUGGCUGCUCAAGCCUGCUUCAUGCACAAUUUCCCACUCGUCACACUGUACGCCACUCUGGGACCCACGGCCAUUGCCCACGGUCUGAACGAGACCGAGGUCACACACAUCAUCACCAGUAAAGACCUACUGCAGAGUCGUCUCAAGGCGAUAUUGUGCGACAUUCCGCGGCUGCAGUACGUCAUCGUAGUCGACGAGAAAACGUCCGGCUGGCGGGACAUCCCCAGAGGCGUGGCGGUCCACAGCAUGGACAGUGUUAAAGAGAUGGGAUCCAGGAUGGAAAACUUGGCCACCGACCGCAGACGGCCGCAGUCGUCGGACAUCGCCGUCAUCAUGUACACGAGCGGCUCUACGGGCAUCCCCAAGGGUGUGGUCAUCUCCCAUGGCAACAUCAUCGCCGGCAUCACUGGAAUGGCAGAACGAAUCCCCAACCUCAACGAAACGGACACCUACAUCGGCUACCUGCCGUUGGCCCACGUUUUAGAACUCAGCGCCGAGCUGGUGUGCGUCUCUCACGGCUGUCGCAUCGGCUAUUCCUCCCCGCAGACUCUCGCCGACCAGUCCACCAAAAUCAAAAAGGGCAGCAAAGGCGACACCAGCAUGUUGAGACCUACACUCAUGGCCGCCGUACCGGAAAUCAUGGACCGCAUUUAUAAGAAUGUGAUGACAAAAGUGGAGGGAAUGAGCAGAUUUCAAAAGACGCUAUUUGUGCUGGCGUACAACUACAAGAUGGAGCAGAUCUCCAAAGGCUACAGCACGCCCCUUUGUGACAGUUUGGUGUUCAAGCGGGUGCGGGCACUGCUGGGCGGCAACACGCGCGUGCUGCUCUCGGGCGGAGCCCCGCUGUCGGCCGCCACGCAGCGCUUCAUGAACAUCUGUCUGUGCUGCCCUGUGGGGCAAGGCUACGGCCUCACCGAGACCUGUGGAGCGGGCACCAUCAGUGAGGUUUGGGACUACAGCACCGGACGGGUGGGCGCACCUCUCGUUUGCUCCGAAAUGAUGCUCAAGGACUGGGAAGAGGGAGGCUACUACAGCACGGAUAAGCCCAACUCACGGGGGGAAAUCUUGAUUGGUGGGCCCAAUGUGACAAUGGGCUACUACAAAAACCAAGCCAAGAACCGUGAGGACUUUUUUGUGGACGGGAAAGGCCAGAGAUGGUUUUGCACCGGAGACAUCGGGGAGUUUGACCAUGACGGAUGCCUCAAGAUCAUAGACCGCAAAAAAGACUUGGUGAAACUACAAGCUGGCGAGUACGUCUCUCUGGGAAAAGUGGAGGCUGUUCUGAAGAACUGUCCGCUAAUAGACAACAUUUGUGCCUAUGCCAACAGUGACCAGUCAUACGUUAUCAGUUUUGUGGUGCCCAACCAUAAACUGCUGAUGGCACUAGCGGAGCGGUUGCAGGUGUGGGGCACGUGGGAGGAGAUCUGCAACAAUCCACAGAUGGAGAAGGAAGUGCUCCGCAUCCUCACUGAGGCCGCUGUCUCGUCAAAACUGGAGCGCUUUGAGAUCCCCAAAAAGGUGCGGCUGAGCGCCGAAGCCUGGACACCAGAGACGGGCCUGGUCACAGACGCCUUCAAACUCAAACGCAAAGAGCUCAAAACGCACUACCGAGAAGACAUUGAGAGGAUGUACGGAGGGAAAUAAGGCAACUGAUAUUCCUCUAGUUGUGGUGCGCCUUAUUAGAGCGUUAUAUUUGUCUAGCCAGGACAAACUCGCGGCAUGGACAGUUAGCUCGCCAUCACCCAGAAAAGUUUCCAAUGAGGCGUCACAUUGGAAUGGAUGUCUUUAAAAGAAUGGAGUGUAGUUACUUUGCCUUUCCUUCCACUAGCUAGAAAAAAUAAGGACAUGCAUAUACUUCCUCCUCAGGCAUAGUUUUGUUUUGUUUUGUUUACCCGUGAAUAAUACAAAUGGUUGUGCAAUAUUUAUUCUCCACAUUUUGUCUCAAUUAUAUAGGAAGAUUUUGAAGGGAGAGAAAAGACUCAAUCCCCUCCUUUGUUUUGGUUUUAAAGGCAGUCCAGUAGAACAACAUACUACAUAAGAAGACGUAGGAGUAAAGUGGAGGAUGGUAGAGAGACACUGAAAAGCAGAUGUCGCUGUGUUAAUGUGAAGACUUGAGGAGAUGGGCGUGAUAAUCAAUGAAUUAGUUCAUUGGUCAAGAAUUCUUUCCAUUCCAUAUUUGAAAAGAUGUACAUUAUUAAUGAUUGUACCUUUGUAGUGAUCUAUCUUCUGUCUGUCUUUCUUUCUCUCUCUCUCUUUCUUUCCCACAAACCCAAAUGUAUUGGCUUGAUGGAAUGAACUUGAGUCAUUUGAGCACCCAGGAAUGCAAAUUGUGCUUGUAUAUUUUUGCUUGUUCAUUCUUGUUGCCUUCUGACACGUGAGCUUGUCUUCAGGGCUCCUACGAAUGUUACAAGUCCAGUAGGUUCUUCGCGUCCCAAUUAGUCAUCUAACAGUUGAAUAUCAUUUGGGUUAUAGGGAGAGAGAGAGAGAGAGAGAGAGGAAAGAGGGAGGUUCUCUAUUAUCAUUUCAAACCUAGUUCCCCCCGAGUAUACAAUACAUUUAGAAAACAAAGACUGGUCAAACGUAAUAUAAUCUUGCAAAAGCAAACUUUUUUUUUUUCAAGCUCAUUUGACAUGACCUUUCAUAAGUUAUUUCAUUUAGGAUAAAGAAUCUCCAAAUAUGCAGGUGUGCUCUGUACAGUACUUCCUUUCGACCGCUUCGUUUUCUGUGCCAUCUGCAAUGUCACUGCUAUAGCCCAAAAAAACAUGAUAGGCCGAUUUUCAGGGAGUAAUGGCAUAUAUAUAUAUAUAUAUAGUAUAUAUUCCAAAACAAGUCUCAUUUAUGAAUUGUGUAUAAAAGGGAUGUUUAAUAGUACUCGUCCUUAAUGUCGGGUGGGGGGUUUCAAGCAAGUGUCUCCUUAGCUCUGUGAUUUGGCCUUGAAAAUGAUGUAACAAAAUAAAAAGGUUUGUGUCAAA